AUGCCAAGGAUCGAAUUAGCACCAUCACCUUCUAUUCCUCUUCAUUCGUUGGAAGCGUUACAAUCUGAUGCGUUGCUUCCAAUAUGUAAAGCAUGCGGGACGCAAUAUUCUGCAUCCUCGCCUAUAAUCGAAAAGAAUUGCUUGAUAUGUGAAGAUCCAAGACAAUACGUUCCUUCAACAGGACAAGAAUGGUCUUCAUUAGCUGAAUUAGCUGAAUCGGAUAUACAGAAACAGAAUGAUAAAGAGAGUGAGAAAAGAAAGAAUUAUUUGAUAGAGGACGAUGAAGACGGUAGAAUCAAAAUGAUAGCUUGUGAUCCCUCUUUUGGGAUAAAUCAAACUCCGAUCUUAAUCGAAACUUCGGAAGGAUCUUACAUAUGGGAUUGUGCUUCAUUCAUCUCUUUACCUCUAGUAGGCCAUCUCACUACUCUCUCAAAACCUUUGAGAGCAAUUGCUAUAUCUCAUCCUCAUUUCUUCACUACAUCUCUGACAUGGUCAAGGGCCCUCAAAGUUCCAUUAUAUCUUUGUGAGGAUGACAGAGAGUGGUUUCAGCGUUCAGGAGACAUAACACAUGAUGAUCAAGUGAUAUGGUGGAAGGGGGAGCAAGAAUUGGGAAAGGGAGUCAAAGUGAUUCAGUGUGGUGGACAUUUCCCAGGAUCAUCGAUACUUUACUGGGAUAGAUUAGGAGAACCCGCACCUCCCAAAGACGAUUUACCUACAAAACCAACACCGGUGUCUGGAAUCAUAUUCACAGCUGAUACAUUGAUGGUUCAACCUACUCAGCGAAGCUUUUCUUUCCUUUGGUCCGUCCCAAACUUAAUCCCUCUUCGACCACAAGCGAUACUAUCGAUCCAAGAACGAUUGAAAUAUCUUUCUUUCACUCAAGCAACUUCGUCUUGGCCCAACAGAUGGAUCAGAGAAGACGCAAAGAAAGUUCUAGACGAGAGUGUCACUGCAUACUUGGCGGCUGAAGGAUGGAGGGUCGAUGAGGGGAGAUUGGUUGAGCUAUUGACAUAA